AAAUACUUAAUUAAUAAUCAACUUUUGUUAGAUAUGACGAAAAAGUAUAUAUAUUAACAAACUUGAACUACCUUUUGUAUUUAUUAUUUUAUUUCUGGUGCUCUUGAACUCGGUCUGAAAAGUACGGAGGACACAGAUUGGCUCUCAUGAAGGAUCAUCGCUUCCAAGGCAAGUACUAAUAUUUUACCUAAAAACCCUAAUAGCCCCACAUUCCUCAAUUCUCACCCACCAUUUUUCUCAAAUCAUAAUGUUCUUCAUCCACUUUUUGUCACUUUGAUCCUAAUUCGUUAUAUAAAAGUGAGUUUUACUGAAAAGGUUAACAGAAAAUCUUCAGAAAGUGUGGAUUAUGUUUUGUGUUUAAACGUUUUGGGAGACUAAGUAGAAGCUGGAUUCGACAAUGGCGUCGAGGCAAGGUGGCAUAAAACCUCGGAAAUCGACUUCGAAAUAUGCGAAUUCGCCAUCUUCAUCAACGACUUCGUCUACGAAACAGUUUCAUGACGCGUUAGGUGAUAAUCUGAGUUCUCCAGCUUCAUCAGCUAGAAGCAAGCUACAGUAUGGUUACUCGGAGAGUUUGCCAUUGAGUUCAGAGAGAUCGAAAGAGAAUGUCACUGUGACUGUUCGAUUCCGGCCUCUCAGUCCGAGGGAAAUACGGCAAGGGGAGGAAAUUGCGUGGUAUGCGGACGGAGAAACAAUUGUGAGGAACGAGCAUACUCCGGCGACAGCUUAUGCAUAUGAUCGGGUGUUUGGGCCUACCACAACAACACGUCAUGUAUAUGAUAUUGCAGCUCAUCAUGUUGUUGGUGGAGCUAUGGAAGGUGUUAAUGGGACUAUUUUUGCAUAUGGUGUUACAAGUAGUGGGAAGACUCACACUAUGCAUGGUGAUCAGAGGUCCCCAGGAAUUAUCCCAUUGGCAGUAAAAGAUGCUUUCAGUAUAAUUCAAGAGACUCCUAGUCGUGAAUUUCUCCUUCGUGUCUCAUAUUUGGAAAUUUAUAACGAGGUUGUUAAUGAUUUGUUGAAUCCAGCAGGACAAAAUUUAAGAAUAAGGGAAGAUAAUCAGGGAACCUUUGUUGAAGGUAUAAAGGAAGAAGUUGUGUUAUCUCCUGCUCAUGCCCUUUCCCUCAUUGCAGCAGGAGAAGAGCACAGACAUGUAGGUUCAACAAACUUUAAUUUGCUCAGCAGCAGAAGUCACACAAUAUUUACAUUGACAAUAGAGAGUAGCCCUUGUGGUGAAAAUGGUGAUGGUGGGGAUGUUAACUUAUCACAAUUGAACCUCAUAGAUUUAGCAGGUUCUGAGAGCUCAAAAGCUGAGACUACAGGUGUUCGUAGAAAAGAAGGAUCUUAUAUAAAUAAAAGUCUGCUAACCCUUGGAACUGUUAUAUCAAAAUUAACAGAUGCAAGAUCAGCUCAUGUGCCAUAUAGGGACUCAAAGUUAACUAGGCUCCUUCAAUCUUCAUUAAGUGGACAUGGAAGAGUAUCUCUUAUUUGCACUGUUACUCCCUCAUCAAGCAAUUCAGAGGAGACACAUAAUACAUUAAAAUUCGCGCAUCGUGCAAAACAUAUAGAAAUUCAAACAGCACAAAAUAAGAUAAUUGAUGAGAAAUCGCUUAUAAAGAAAUACCAAAAUGAAAUUCGAUUAUUAAAGGAGGAGCUAGAACAUUUGAAGAGUGGCAUUGUGGUAAUUCCUCAGAUAAAGGAUAAUACCGGAGGAGAUGAUAUCUUUCUUCUUAAACAAAAGCUAGAAGAUGGUCAAAUGAAGCUGCAAUCAAGAUUAGAGCAAGAAGAAGAAGCCAAAGCUGCUUUGUUAAGCCGAAUACAAAGGUUGACCAAAUUAAUCCUAGUCUCCACAAAGUCAACUCCAGCCUCUAGAUUUUCUCAUCGCCCAAAUUUACGAAGACGCCAUUCCUUUGGUGAAGAAGAGCUGGCAUAUCUUCCGCAUCGAAAACGUGACCUAAUUUUGGAAGAUGAAGACACUGAGUUAUAUGUUUCGCUUGAUGGAAGUGUGGAAAAUAAUGAAAAUGCAUUGAAAGAAGAGAAAAAGACCAAAAAACCUGGAUUACUUAACUGGUUGAAACCACGGAAACGAGACAGUAUUUCUGGGGCUAGUGAUAAAUCAAGUGGUGCAAAGUCCAUGAGUACACCUUCAACUCCUCCAACAGAUAAUCAUCUUCAUAAUCUUCCUAUUGAAUCCAGACAUUCACACUCUUUGCAAACUGAAACCAGAUAUUCUGAAUUCUCAUCAGAGGCCAGAUUAGAUGAAGAAAUUAACAAUGAGGAUACUUUUUUGCAACAAGAAUGUUCUCUAAUCAGCAUAAAGACAAUUGACCAAAUUGACCUCCUUAGAGAGCAGCAAAAGAUUUUGUCUGAGGAGAUUGCAAUCCAUUUAAGUGCUCUAAAGCGAUUGUCACCUGAGGCUGCAAGCGAGAGGGAAUUUAUAAAUGUGGAGAUUAACCGAUUAAAUGAACAAAUCGAACUGAAAAAUGAUGAAAUUAAACUCCUCCAAGAUAAAAUUGCUAAUCCUGUUGAUGAAGUUGAAAAAACACGACCUGUUUCUGAGCUAGAACUAGAAGCACAACUAAACGAGAAGUCCUUUCAGCUUGAGGUCAAAUCUGGGGAUAAUCGAGUACUUCAAGAGCAGCUCAGCGAAAAGAUUAAUGAAUGUGAAGAACUGCAAAAUACAAUUAAUUCCUUGAAAGAACAGCUUUCUGAAAUUAAUCCCGUGAAAAAUGAAAAAACAACCUUGCUUUGUGAAGCUCAGGCACUUGAGAUCGAAGAACUAAAACACAAAGUGAGUGAGUUGACCGAGUCAAACGAGCAGUUAGAAAGCCGUAACAAAAAACUAGCAGAAGACAGCUCAUACGCAAAAGGCUUAGCCUCAGCAGCAGCAGUGGAACUGAAAGCCCUAUCAGAAGAAGUUGCAAAACUCAUGAACCACAACGAGAAACUAUCAGCCGAGUUGGCGUCACACAAGAACUCCCCGCACCAGCGCAGCAGACCAAUGGGGUCCACCAAGAACGGACACGGACGUAAAGAUCACAUCACCAAUAAUUUCAGACAGAAAGAAGUGCAUAGUACUAAUACACAAGCGGAAUUGAAAAGAGAGCUUGCGUUGAGUAAGGAAAGGGAAUUGAAUUACGAAGCAGUGCUGUCUGAAAAGGAUGAGAGGGAACUGGAAUUGCAACGAACGGUUGAGGAAUCCAAACAGAGGGAAGCGUAUCUUGAAAAUGAGUUGGCCAAUAUGUGGAUUCUUGUGGCCAAGUUGAAGAAAGGGGAAUCCGAGGAGUCCAGUGGGGGGGAUGAGAGGUGGAAUGGAAUUUUGGGGAAAGAAAGGAAUUUGUAUGAGUAAUUUCAAAUUUGUGUGUAAUGGGAAUGGGAAUGGGAAUGGGAGGAUUAGAUGGUAGUUUCUAGUAUUUCGGGUUAGGAAUUGGGAUUUGUGUGUUGCGUGUUGUGUGUUGUGUAAAGAUGGACUUUUCAUUGAUUUUUUUUCUAGGAUUGUACAAAUCUUUGUUAUAAAAUGAAAGACAUAAUUAUCUUAGGCCAAAUAUCAUAAAAGCCACAACAUUUUCAAGCAUAUUUGAAAAAAACCUUAUUAUUAUUUUUGGUUAGCUCUAGCUAUAAAUGGGAG